CUCAAACACCAUGAAUGAAAAUACAUCACCAGUAUCCACACCUAGUAGUGGCAAAUUAUCAUUACCCCUUCUCAAAUCAAAAACUAAUCUAUCAAGAUCAGACGCAACUUCCGAUGGCAAGUUAGAUGAUAACAAGAAAUCAUCUUUAACAGCAUCACCAGUACGUAGCCCAUUACGUGAUAAAAAUUCAAGUGUGAUCACUUUACCUAUACGACAGAGUCCUUCUUCUAAAGAAAUUCAAUACCACACAUCUCCAGCUACCAUUCACCAGCAACACCAUCGUCAUACCUCUCCAUCCAAGCAACAACAAGUAAAGGUACAGGACUUGGAAGGUAUUCAGCAUCGACGACGACGUAAUUUGUAUGAUACACAACAACGAUCACCCUCCAAUAAACCAUCACCCACAGAAGUGAUCUUUACACCAAAACCAUUAUCACCAACAAAAUCAUGGAACUUGACUGAACGCAUUCUUGCUAAAGAAGAGAAAUCAUUGGAAGCUCGAGUACAACAUCAACAAAAAGAAUUGGAUACACUUAAUACAACGUUGAAUGCGGAACGACAAAAGACAGCCGAUGUACGUAAAUGGAUGAUGGAUAUGGUACAACUGGUACAAAAAUUCAAGGAAAUACAAUGCGAUAUGGAUGAGUCGGUGGAUAUGUUGGUGGAAUUUGACAAUACUAUGGAUGAACUGAUCAAGGAGCAACAGCAAGACAUGGCACGACAACUGGAAAUCGACCGUUUGAUGAAUCUUAUACCUGAAAAGCUAGUUGAAAUUGAAGAAUUAAAAACACAUAUGAAAAAAUAAAAAUAUUACUUUUAUUAUUGUU